GGUUCAUUUUUCUUGGGUUCUUGACUAUGUUAAUUUUGCCAGAUGUGUGUCUUGGGUUUAAUAGCACCUGGGACAAGAUUCGGGAGAAGAAGGCGCGUAUGGUGAAGAAGCUGCGCAAGGACUUCCGGAAAUUGAAGAAACAGGAGGGCGCCGUGAAGCUUGUGGGCGGUGAGGGUGCACAUUCAGGAAACGUGGAAAUACUUCACGACGGGAAAUGGGGCAGUAUAUGCGACGACGAAUGGGAUUACUUGGAGGCCAAUGUGGUUUGCAGGCAAUUAGGCUUCGACGGUGCAAUUAAACCAACGACGAACGGUCACUUUGGUCAAGCCAGAAGAAGGUAUUGGAUGGACAACGUGUACUGCGACGGCAGCGAGGAUGAAUUAUCCAAGUGUCGGUUCGACGGAUGGGGUACAUCCGACUGCGAGAACAGCGAGGCUGCAGGUGUAAUUUGCGCCCAUGAGGAACAGAACGAAGAAGAAACGAUAAGACGAACGAAGGGCAGAAGGAAGCCAGAAAAACAGAGAAUCAAGGAUGUACAUCACCGGGGAAUGGCGAUAAGACUGGUCGGUGGACGAGUCCACAGCGAGGGUAGAGUCGAGGUCAAACUUGGACAUUCAGAUUGGGGUGUAGUCUGCGGUGACGGUUGGUCCCUGUUCGAGGCGGCAGUGGUUUGCAGACAAUUGGGCCUCGGUUACGCCUCCGACGCCAUUCAGACGAACUUCUUCGGUGGCCAGAAGACACCGAUGACUCUCAGCGGCGUGCAGUGUCACGGAGACGAGAGUAACUUGAUUGACUGUCUGCACGACAAGGUCCUCGAGUGUCCAGGAACCGCAGAAAAUGUGGCCAGUGUGGUGUGUCUCCAGGAGAUGCCAGAUUUGGUGUUUGAUCAUAUCGAGUUGAUGCGUACGGCCCACCUGGAAGAUAGACAGUUGUAUUGGCUGCAGUGUGCCAUGGAAGAGAAUUGCGUUGCUUCGCAGGCAUAUAAGAUUCAGAAGGAGUCGGAAAAUUGGCACCUGGAGACUAGGAGGUUGCUUCGGUUCACCGCGAGGAUCUUGAACGCUGGGACCGCGGACUUCCGACCCUCCGUGCCGAAACACCUAUGGGAAUGGCAUAUGUGUCACAUGCAUUAUCACUCGAUGGAGGUGUUCGCCACGUUCGACGUAUUGGACAGGAACGGUAGCAGACUCGCAGAGGGUCACAAAGCGUCUUUUUGCCUGGAGGACAAUCAAUGCUUGGACGGAGUGAAGCCGAGGUACAAAUGCGCCAAUUACGGUGACCAAGGCAUCUCCGUCAAUUGUAGCGACAUAUACAAACACAAUAUCGAUUGCCAGUGGGUGGACAUUUCCGAACUACUGCCUGGUGAAUACGUCUUCAAGGUCGCGGUAAAUCCAGAGUUCAAAGUGGGCGAGAUGUCGUUCGACAAUAACGCUGCGAUCUGUCGUCUCCUAUACACGGAAACAUUUGCCACGGUGCACAGUUGCGUUAUGGGCAGACCUUGACACAGACCCGUUACGAUAAUGCUUGGACCGAUGAGAAGAGAAGCGCAUUAUCGCGGCUGUUAAUUAAAAUCCAUUGUUUGCGAUGCGUAACAAUAAAUCUCUGAGAGUAAUCGUUGUCCUUAAUUGCCUACCCUUAUCUGGUACGAAGAAGCGUUUGGAGAAUUCUUUGAGAACUUUAUGAGACAUGUAGACAUGUAGAUAUGUAGACAUAUAGACAUGCAGACAUGUAAGCGUGUACCUACAUUUAAAUUAUUAUCUGAACAGCUUCAUUGACAAGAUUUUUCAAUGUAAGCUUACAUUGUCAUCUUAAUGUUUGCAUAUUACAUAUACAUGUAUACUGAAAAAAUGAUAAGAUGUUUCAUGACAAUAGUGUUAACUAUGUAAGAAAACUACCCCUUGGCGCUCGAGUCGAGCAACCAUUUAUACAGAUCGAAGCGGUCGGAGAACGACCUCCUUCAGACUGAUACUCUCCGCGGAUGGAAUCUCAAGUUUCGAAGUCUAGGAGUAAAUUUAUAGACGGUCUCGACCCACGCCAGUUAUCCUCAUAGUUUGUUCUAGAUUUUCAACCACGACUACGCUAAUAAAUUGAACAAUUCAGGAGAGUGGUUCCUCGAUGUUCGAACCGUGUCUAGUCGAUACUCGGUGCCCUGGAAUACCGGGGACGGCUGCGAGCAAUGAUCGAGGCUCCCUCUCUUUCUUCGCCGGUGAAAUAGUUCGAAAAACGAGCAUUCCCAACCGGGUAUUAAAAAUCGCAUCGUCAUUUUUUUUUUUAAAUCAGCU